AUGCCAACUAGCAGUCGCAAGAGGAAAAUCCUCAGUACUGUUCGCAAGCUCUGGAAGUCUGUGCUGGGCGAGCAGAAGGAUGACGACUCCGGUGGAUCAAGCGCACAGGAGGAACAGGAAGACCUUGCCGCCGUCUACUUCGUCCUGAAGGCCAAGCGAUACCUCACUUCGCGCCAUCGUGUUCCGCGACCCCCUUCGAGAGUGAAAUUCUAUCUCAGUGACAUGCCAGAGUCGGAGUUCAAGCUUCAGUUUCGAUUGUCCCGCCGUUAUUUCACUGCCGUCUGUGAACUCAUCGCAGACAACGCCGAGUUUAGAAGUACACCAGGAAAGCAAACCAGAAUGAGCGUGGAGCUGCAUCUGAUGGGCCUGCUUAGAACGCUCGGCUCGACAGACGGUGAAGGUCAUUCAGCGGACUUCCUAUCUGUCGGCGGUCAUACCCCGGAGCACCUGCUAGCUAAGCGAGUCGUACGAGCGCUAAAUAGCCUACGGAGCAAGGUGAUCAUGUGGCCUGAGGCUGACGAGCGUCGAGAUUUCUGA